CGAGGCGCGCGCUCUCACUGUUAUAUCUGUCUUUUUCUAACAAAGCUGGAAGCAUAUCACUGUCUCUGUUAUCGGCAACAGAUAAUAAUUUUCUUUCAUUGCGUGUGAUGUAAAACAAAAUAAAUUGUGAGAAGAGCCGGGUUAGCCGUGAAACGGAGUACUUUUCUUUGACGUUGCAUGGUUCCGUUUUGUGAUGCAAGUGAAUAUCGUUUAUUUUCGUGUUUUAUAAAAGAAAAAUAACGAUAUAAAUUGGAACAAUUAUUAUUAUACACAGGUGGACACUGAAAUGUUUUAUUGAGUGUGUUUAAUCAGAGUUUUUCUGAUGGUUUUCUAUGAAAAUAGUAUUUUCUAAACGAUAAUUCCGAAAAUAUCAAAUUUUCCGCGAAAAAUAAAAUCUAUUAAACAAAGGACUGACCCGAAGAAGAUUGUGGAGGCAAAUCAUAAUCUGAUACUGAUCACACCGGACAAUAAACGCGUUACAUUGCCGCGGCAAUAAGCAAAAACAAGACUGAUUUUGAGUAGUGUAACACAUAACUUUCGAUGUAUAGAUAACAAGAAGCCGGGAUAAGGCAAAAUGUUUAAGUUAUUAGGAGGGCUAAGUGUUUACUUCAAGUACCAGCCUAUUAGGACUGAUAAUGCAGUGUUCAGGCUGCACAAUGUGUUCACGACAGUGCUGUUACUCACGUGUUCCAUGAUCAUAACCGCGACCCAGUAUGUCGGGCAACCUAUACAGUGUAUCGUCAGUGGCCUGCCCACCAAUGUCGUCAAUACAUUCUGCUGGAUCACGUCCACCUUCACCAUGCCUGAUGCUUUCGCCAGAGAGGUUGGCAAGGAAGUGGCGCACCCUGGUGUAGCAAAUGAAUACGACAGCACACAAGAAAAGAAGUACUACACGUACUACCAAUGGGUGUGCUUCGUACUAUUCUUUCAGGCGAUAAUGUGCUACACGCCAAAGUUCCUAUGGGAUGCGUUCGAGGGUGGCCUGCUGAGGACCAUCGUCAUGGGGCUGAACAUCGGCAUAUGCCACCCCGAGGAGAAGGAGAAGAAAAAGGAUGCCAUCAUUGACUACCUCUUGCGGUAUGAGCGGACACACAAGCUGUACGCGCUGCGGUACUGGGGCUGCGAGCUCCUGUGCCUGCUGAACAUCGUGCUGCAGCUCUGGAUGAUGGACAGCUUCUUUAAUGGAGAGUUCUUCUCAUAUGGUACCAGGGUGCUGGGGUACAGCGAGGUGCCGCAGGAAGAGAGAUAUGAUCCAAUGAUCUACGUAUUCCCCCGCAUCACGAAGUGUACAUUCCACAAGUUCGGUGCAUCAGGCAGUAUACAAACCCACGACAGUUUGUGCAUCCUACCUCUGAACAUCGUCAACGAGAAGACUUACAUCUUCCUUUGGUUUUGGUACAUCAUACUUGCUGUCGUGCUUUGCCUCCUCGUCAUAUACAGACUGGUGAUUAUCUUCGUGCCGUCAGUCCGACCGCGCCUACUGCACGCUCGGUCCCGCACCCUGGCGAUGGAGACCGCCGUGCUGGUCUCCCGCCGCACCGACAUUGGUGAUUGGUGGCUACUCUACAUGCUCGCCAGGAAUAUGGACCCGCUCAUAUACAGCGAGCUGAUCUCUGAGCUAUCCAAGCGCAUGGGAGAGAAGCCGGGGGUGCGUGCGUGACGGCCGCCGCCCAGCGUCGCCGUGCUAGGCGUCUGACAUAUACCUCCCCCCCUUCUCCCAUCACAUUCCGGACCCCACCACUGGACAUCUCACUCCAAGCAGGAUCUAACAGGCAAAACACCAAAUUAUUCACAAAAAAACUCAAAAAAAUCUCUACAUAAGACAUUCCAUAUAUAUUUUCGUCAUUAUCCGCCUCCAGUACUUUGUUUAUGCAAUUUACUCGAAUUUCUCAAAGCUCAAAUAUCGAGCCAAUUAAUGUUGUUCUUUUGCUAAGUAGACCAGUCUAAUAGACCAGUAGACCUGGUCUUCUAAACAGACAUCGGUAGUAGUUAGCUAUGGAGCAAGUUAAAGAGUAAUUUUAAUGACAUUUCUGCAGUAAUGUAUGAUUUAUAUGUAGUUAAUAUAAUGAAAUGGAAUUUGUGCUAAAAUUACCACAUAUUGAACCUUAUUCAAAGGUGAAAAUCGUAUAAGUUACACUUAUUCUACAUAAUACUAGACAUUUCAAAGUGUAUUCAAUUGAAUAUGAACUCUAUUGACAUAAAUGAACUGGAUAGAUUGGCGGACAGUGGUAUUUUCGCGUUGAAUAAUUAAAAUGCUUGUUUGACUAUGAAAGGAAAUUAAAACAAUACAAUAUCGAGUGAAAAUUGUACAUAAAAAGGUAUAAUAUAUGUAUCAUUGCUGGCAAUACAGAAUACAAUGACAAAACAGAUAUCGGCUCUGAUUAGUUUUAUUAUUCUAAUAUUAUUUCGAAUAGAUUUAUUAAUAUUUUUCAGCUGUAGUCGACAUUAGUCAAUUACUUGCCCGAUUUUCGCAAUAAAAUAGUAGAUGCGUUUCACGGCAACAUAAUAAUUGACCUUAUUUAUAAGGUAUAAAUGUAUAAGGUUUAAAUUGUGAAUGUUGCCGUGAAAUGCGUUACUUUUAGCAUAGAAUAUUCGUAGGACAUCACAAUAGAUGCUAUAAUCUAAUAAAUAAGAGAUUAAAAAUUUUUAUGGCCAUAAAUUAGUUGAUUUACCAGAAUUGACGACUGGUUAUUUUAGCCUAAUGAGAGUUUUUGUCUUGCGAUCAUGAGAUGUCGCUAGUGGGUUAAGCUAAUGUCUGUGUAUUAUAUAAUAAUGUAUAAUUGAAUUGACAAGGGCAAAUACUCCAUGAGUCAAUAAAUAUUAAGCUAGAGAUGAAUCUGGCAGUUUGGUUUGUCGACCACAUUGAGUUGAAGACGCGGUUGCCAUUCAAGAAAAGAAAAAACCUUAAGCUAUACUAGCGCCUCUACUGGACGAAAACUCUCUUUACUUUUUGCAAAUAAUUCAAACAUAUUCGUCCGAUAUAUUCUAAAAUCACAAUAUAUAGAAUCACAGAAGAAAUCUCUUUAGAAAUCUGAUUUUUAUCUACUUUAUUUUUUAAGUGAACAGAUCUAAUUCAUAUUUUAUUUUGAUAUGUCUUUAGAUGUCUGAAUUACAACGAAAUAUUAUGUACGUUACUGAAUCUGCCUAACAUAUAACAUGAAAUAGUGUAAUCUCAUUUUUAAGACAACUUUUGUGUCAAUGAUAUAGGCAAGCAAUAAUAGUCUUUAGUGACAUCACUGCCAAUGAAAUCUCUUAUAUUUUUCCUUAUGUUCUCUCUUCUUAAAUAAACAUCACAAUUUUUUUAAUAUACAUACUAGAACCUUUUCGUACUGUGAUCUGAUAGUU